AUGAACGAGUUCUCAAGGGAAUCUCCAGAGUAUGGGAUGGGGACGGUGUCGCCGCUGCGGUUGUACGCCGGAAAUUGUAGCAUUGUUGUAUCUUCUACUCUUGACCCAUUUUCUUGUUCUGCCGGAUUUGAAGCUGGCAUGGAUUGGAUACUUCACCUUGACACAGAUGAGCUAAUAUACCCAGCAGGUGCUCACAGAGCCAUGUACUCGUUAGCUCAAAGCAGGGUAAAGAACAAGCCAGAGCUAUGGCAAUCAUCAGCUAAGAAGAGCAAAUACGAUGAAAAGGGCUGA